AGGUAAGAGGGUCCGCGAGCUUAUGAGGUGUAUGGUAACCAUCAAGACAGAACAGUUACCUUUCUGUUUCGAGACUGUGAGGUUCUACAAACCGUGGGUUCUAGUGAUUUUUAGAAGGACUUUUACUGGUGAGAUUGACAAUUCCAUCAAAUAAAAUGGGAGCUACGGUGCUUCUCCCCCUGUGUGCACUGAUAGUCACGACUCAUGGAAUAUCCGAGUCGUGGAAACCAAUAAUUCACACCCCCGUGACAGCCAGUAUUCUCCAACAAGAGGCUGUAGUCUUUUCUGGGGGACAAUCGACUUACAGUCUCGCACCCGUGUCCUCCCAGUUUCUGAGUCAUGAGGAUCAGGACCGAUGUGCUUUGUACAAAAUUAGCAUGCGUCAGCAGCUGUACUUUGAGUACAUUCACUAUAAAUUUGGAAUGCCAGACCUCAAGGAAUUUACCCUCUGUAUGUGGACGAAAUUCACGAAUCAUACUAAUGAUCAUCCUUUGUUCUCCUAUGCAGUUGGGGAUCAGCCACGAGGAAUUUUCGCUUGGAUAGCUAACACCCAAAGGAGUUCCUACUACAUGAUGAACAUAGAUGGACACAAUCUUUAUCGGCUGAACUAUCCCCUUCGCCUGAACAAAUGGUACCACUCGUGCCAGAGCUGGAAUGGUCGCACUGGUGAAUGGCAAAUUUGGGUCAACGAUGAGCGAGUUGGUCGAGGAUUUAACAAUCGGCUCGUUGGGCACGUCAUCAAAGGUGGUGGUAUUGCAAUAUCUGGCCAAGAACAGAGACAGCUUGGCGGUGGUUUUCUCGAGGGUCCAAAUGCUCCUCAAGGUUCUGGUGGUAUGCUUGGUGAACUGACAAUGGUACAGUUAUAUAACGUCGCCCUGACCGCUGGCAAAGCACACAAAGACCACAAGCAUCAUCACGCCCACCACUACGAGCAUGACACAAGCAAUAAUAUACCUUUGUCUACAAGUACUCAAGCGCCAGUUACAGGGCCACCACUGCCAAUGCAUCCCUAUCUCACUGGAGGACAAAUUAAUCAUCAGGUGAAACUAAAUCCGGGAGUGACUCUACAGAUAAUUCAGAAUGGUGUGACCAUUCGUCAUCCGUCUGUACCGGCGCCACCAGUGCCAAUGCCUUUUCCUCCCCCAAAUCCUGACGUAAAGCUUCCUCUUCCUUCGUCUACCCCAUUGCCAUUCUACACACCUAUUUAUGGAACUUCACAGUUCUUCGGAAAACGAUAUCCAACUUUUUCCUCUUCCACUCCACAACCACUGAAUGAGUUUGGUUUUGUGAAUAGUCAGUACGACAUCUUCAGGCGAGAUAAAAAUCUGUUCAAGCGUGACAGUACAAAGGACGAAGACACAGCAAAAAGCGUUGAACAGUUUGAAUCCAAGAAGACCAUUGCCAAAAGACAAACUAGUGAUGAAUUGGAAUCUAAAGAGGAGAGACAAUCGACAGCUGCUAAAGCCCUGAAGAAAAGAGGAUUGGUCCAGUUUUCUGAUGGCUCUAUACUAGAUGACAGCUAUCUUGUAUCACAAAAUCUCAAUAACGAUUAUUUCACUGGUCUGGCUAGUUUCAGCAAUCAAGCACAACAACAACAACAACCAGAUAAAAAUGAAGAGCGCGAACCUGCUGAGGCGGAAGUUAGAAUGGUGAUGGAUGUUUGCGACGGAUGUACAUCAGAUCCCUUUGAAAAGGCACUCGUAAUGGACUGGAGGAGUGUACCUAAGAAAGUAUAUUCUGGAGCACUCUGGAUACCCGCGAUUCCAAUGUGCAAGGGAUUUUAAGAGUUUAUCCUAUUUUUUCAGGAGAUUGAUGCGUUGAAAAAUUUACCGAACAAGAGAGAUUCUAAUUUCUAGUACUUAUUUUUGAGUGCCUCAUGUAAUUAGGCACUCGACAUCUGGCCAUCUCUCCAGGCUUUCAUGUAUCAUUUUUUUAUAUACUUAUUUACAAGAAGACUAACUUGCUAAUCGAGCAAAAUUAGACAACUUCUAUGGUCAGACAGUAUUUUUCACUCAGACACUGAUGCUGAGAUUUUCGCUUGUACAGAAUGCUUAUGACUAAUUGUAAGUUUCAUGUAGAUAUAAGAUAACCUUGUAAGGUAUUGUACAAAUUCAUGAAGUCAAUAAACGUUUGUAUUUGUA